AUGACGUACAGUGACAACGACGAGCACUGGACAGAGAACCUUGAGAGCAUUUUGGAUUCUGGGGCUGAUCAUAGUGCUCUGCCCCUCCACUUCGCCACCGUGGGCGAGGCAGUCAGGGUCGCUGAAGUGGUUUUGGGCGACUUUUGUUUCAAGGAACAAUCAGCUCGAGCUUGGGUGUGCGCUUCGCCGAGUGAUCCAGUGUGUGACCAACGUGUGCAUGUGUGGCUACAGCACGACUUUCAUCAACACGACCCUGCUCCCGCUCCGGGAUUUGCUUUGGAGGACAUCAGCCACAUGGAGAAUUUCGAGGGCGAUUUGUCUGAUGAUGCUGUUCAUGAUGCCGCUGGAGGUGCUCUUGAUGCCGAAGAUAGCCCGGUGGACGGUAUUCGGUUGAGUAUGUCCUCAACCCUGAAGGAGCACGCUCUGAUUGCAGAGCACGAGGCUGUUGCGGCGGCCGUUGGUGACUCAGAGCGGAAGCCGAAAGGAGUGGCGAAACCGGAUGAGCCAACACCGCAGGAGAUCGCCGAGCAUAUGAUCACGCAUCAGCCCUACAGGGCGUGGUGCUCUCAGUGCGUGGCUCAUCGAGGUCGUCAGGACCAGCAUCAUGAUCUAGAUCAUGCGCACACUUCCGAGUCGGUGGUGAGCCUGGACUUCGGGUUUUGCAAACGGCAGGAGUCGGAAGAGAAUCUCCUCACCGUGGUGGUGAUCCACGAUAGGCAGACCAAGGCUCUGCACGCAAUUCCCACUAUGAGUAAAGGGGGUCAGGCGCUGUCGUAUUUGACUACUGAAUGCACACGUUUUGUUACGUGGCUAGGGCAUCGUGAAGUUUGCUUCAAGUCGGAUGGUGAGCCGGCGAUCAAGGCUGUGGUUAAGAGCGUUGAGAAAGCAUGCCGACAGCUCGGUGUGAAAACCAGGAGUGUGACAGCGCCCGUGGAGGACCAUGAGGCCAACGGUGCAGUGGAGCAAGCGUGGCAAAGCAUCCGAGCCAAGGCGGUGUGUUGGUUGGACAAGUCGAAGAGCAGUGCGGCGCCGAAGGUGGUUCUUGGCUACCUUCGAACGAGUGCCAAGGGGCUGUUCCUCACGAGAUCGGUGAGGAGACUGGUGGAGAAGGCUGAUUGUGAACAAGAGGGUUGUUCUUCCACAGGUGAUCCCGUGGAGGCGGGGACGCAGGAUGCCCCGUUGAUGACUUCCAGACAGGCAGCGAUGCAGGCUCGUUCAGGCGAAGCAGCAGCCGCGGAGAUCGGUGAUCAGUGGUAUGAGCAUGAGGAUGAAGAGGUUGAUUGGGCCUUCACGUACAAGGAGCUCGAUUUGAACGCGAUCGAGUCCAAGCUCAUCUUGCCCAGGUUGGCCGAUGAGUUCGAGUUGGCACGGCUUGGCAACAUGAAGGUCGUGGCGCGAGAAGACCAUUGCGGAUCCCGAGACCAAGGAGCAGAGACCGGUGUGGCUUCGCAGAUCCCGGUUUUACCAGCGAUGUUCACAUACCUGCAGGAAGAGGCCACGGAAGUUUCAUACGAGGACAGCGUGACGGGACGGCGAAGUGGCAUUCCAGGUUGUCUGAGUGCCUUCGUGAUGAAGUGA